CGCGAAUGCAGCCGAGCCGAGCCCGUGCCGCGCCAAGCGACUCGCGAGCGUCCACUCCACUGUGCACAGCUGCCGUACGCGCGCCGGCUUUCGAUGGAAGCAGUCGCGGCCGUGGUGUGCCGAGGCGGCGGGCUGCGAGCCCUGGCGCGUCGCGGUGGCACUGACAGGAGCACCGGCACCCGCACCAGCGUAGGGCGCCACGGCGUGGGCGUUGCUGGCUCCCCGGCGCCCGCCGCCGCACGACGAAGGACGCUGCUCGUCGCGUCGCUCGGGGAGCCCCUCACGGCGCAAUCCUUGUCGUCCCUGGGUGAGGGCGCCGCGGUCCACGAGACACCGGCUUGCUCUGGCUCCGCGAUCCCGUCGCGGAAACCGUCCGAAUCCGUUGAUCGCUCGGUCCAGGUUGACGACCAGGAGGCCGCCUCCACCGAGACCCUUCCACCUCCAUAUGACGUUCCGACGAAGAUAGUGCACGUCAAGUUCGUGUUGCAAAAGCAGUGCGCGUUCGGGCAGCGCUUCCUCGUCGUCGGCGAAGACCCGGCGCUUGGCCUCUGGAAUCCGGCGAAGGCGGCCGUUCUGGAUUGGUCGGAAGACCACGUGUGGACGGUGAAGAAGGAAUUACCAGCAGACACGUCGAUCGAGUUCAAGUUCUUACUGCAAGAUCCAUCGGGACAUGUCGAUUGGCAACACGGCCCUAACAGAAUACUGCAUGUAACUGACACCCCGAACACCUUGGUUGUCUGUGAGGACUGGGACAAGGCCAAUAAUCAGCAAGUAUCAGAUGAGAUUGGUGGCACAGGGGGGAUAUUUUCAGGAAGCGGUGACGUCUCCCUGGAAGAUGAGCUCCAACUGGGUGAAGAGAUCAACAAGGGUGUAACAACUUUGGCUGUGGACGGUGCAAAGUCAGCUUUAGUUGCAGAUAGUUACAGAGAAAUGAUGGAAUCAGAAGAAGCGAUCCAGCCACAGUUAGCAUUGGACAAACACCGGAGGAUUCCAGAUGAACUUAGUGGGAAGGCAAACAUGACAGCACAAAAUGGCAAUCACAUUGCUACUUAUGCUGCUGAUUAUGCUGGAAGCAACGGCGACGAUGCUAUCUUGCAUAAGGAAGGUGAGCCAGUACAGAAUAGGCUGUGGCUGGACAGUAUUUUCGCAAAUGACAUGGCCUGGGCCACAAAAUCCCUGCAUCAGUUGCUCCGGACCCUUGGCUUUCAAAUCGGCACGAGAAAAACAUGAAAUAAACAUCAGAGAACGGUAUAAGAGACGCUGACCUGCAGUUUUGGAUCACACGGUGUCCCGGUGCCUUCAUUGAAGACUCGAAAGCUUCUGCAUGCCGCAAACCUACAGGGAACGAGUGUAAUGAGAACUGCAGUAGGAAACCCUUUGCGUUUGCAGCGGUCUGCAACAACAGCAGCAUAUUUUGUUAGCAAUGCAAAAAAAAGAUCAGAAAAGUUGUUAGCAGUUCAAGUAUGCUUAGAACCAGUAAUGAAUGAGUUACCAUAAAACUCGAUUAGUGAAAUGUAUAUUGUGGUUAAAUUUAUCUGUUGGAUGGAUUCUGUACAAUUAUAUAUCAAGAAUAAGAACCAGAGGAAAAGCUGGAGAUUUGUA